CAAAACGAUCUAAGCUUGGAACCGUGUUACCAGCGGAUAGUUUUAUCAUUAACGGGCAAAGUUGGUUUGCGACUUGCUCGCGUUACCGUUCGAUUUCGGAUGAUUUGGUCGGUUAAGCAACUUGGAAGUGGUGUUGUCCGACGUUUUUAGUGAAGCGACUCGCGUGUGUUUCCGGUGAGAUAACCCGAUUAUAUUAGGGACUCGUUUAUUUGUAGUUUUACCAGCUAGUUUGAUGCUACGGUUUACAAUUUUGUGAGUUCGACGGAACAAACUGUUAAUGUGUUUAUUUCCAGUUGCAGUAAAUGUCGGUGUAAUCGAACAAGACUCCAUUUUAAGAUGUUAACUGUGGAUUACGCCACGGUUAAUACUCAGCAGCACAAGUAUGCGUGUUCCACGAUGUCUUCCGAAACUCUGAGCGGUAGCUGUGGGAGCAGAAACAACAGGAUCAGGACUGUGAGGCUUGUAAGACCUAGUCAUGGACCUCUACCGCCGCCAACAUCCAAUUGUCGUCAUGGCCCUUCCUUGGGCUUCAGUAUUCGAGGAGGUCGGGAACAUGGUACUGGAUUUUUUGUCUCCCACGUCGACGUUGGUUCUGAAGCCUACUCUCAAGGCUUGAGGUCCGGCGAUCAGAUUAUACGGAUUAACGGUUUCACGGUAGACGAUGCGGUACACAAAGAAGUUUUACAGCUGAUCUCCAAUCAUACCCAUCUCACUUUAAAAGUUAGAGGUGUUGGUAUGAUUCCAGUCAAAGACAGGAAAACCGACACCCUAAGUUGGCAAAUAAUAUCGGAUGCAGCGUCACCAGCGGCACGGCAUUCUCCGCAAUUGAGUGACAAAAUCAACGACGUGAGGAUAAACGUUAUGGUCGCACCCAAAAGCAAGUUGGGGUGCGGAAUAUGUAAAGGACCAGAAUGGAAACCGGGAAUUUUCGUACAGUUUACCAAAGAAGGAGGUAUAGCCCGGGAAGCGGGAUUAAGACCCGGAGAUCAGAUAUUAUUUUGCAACAAUGUCGAUUUUUCAGACAUACCUUUCAAUGAGGCGGUAAGCAUAAUGAAAUCAGUACGUCAACUCAACCUCAUAAUAAGAAAGGGAGCCGGAUCGGAAUUGUUCCCCGGAGAAUCCAGCGGUUACAAUAGUUCCGCUAGCUCCGUUACUGGAGACCAGAGCCCUUCCUGGUCAGAUUCCAAACGACUCUCUAUCGUCAAGGAGGAAAAUCUGGACUUGGGCGAAAGACUCAAUCAUUUAGAUAGAUAUAAAAAUCUAUCCAACACAAAACACUGGGACUCUUGGGAUGAAGAGCCCGAAGAUAAACCUCUGUUUAAACCGACGAUCAUAAGUCUAUCGGAAAGCGGAACGACGAUUCAGAAUAACGGCGCUCAAAAUGAUAAUCCUGACUGCCACAACAAAGUCAGCCGUUGCAACACAACAAAUAACUCAAAUAACAAACUGGCAGACAUUUGUUUAAUUUCACAGCAGCACGAGAUGAAAACUGUGGUAGUUGAAGUACACCGAACUGAUACAGACGAACCGAAGACCAAUAACCACAAUACAUUAACCAAGAGUCCUUCAACUAGCAGUUUUUACAGUGUCACCAGCAAGAGCAGUUGUACAGGCAGCGUGGCGAGUAGUUUGUCAUCCGCCAUCACUCAGGAAAUUCAGAGAAGAAGUCAGAAAAAAAUUACAGAGGAACCAAAGCAAACGAUAGACGAGCAAAUCCAAAUUAAAAAAAUUUUGAAAGGAGUCAGCACCGACCAGCAGUUUCAGCACAACAAGCUGAUGGACGAGUUCAAACGAGCACAUCAAAGGAUGUUCAAGGUGCCAGAUAGUAAGAAAAGUUCGGAUAAUCCGAUCGAAAUGAGGAAUGGCGAUUCGGAUAAAGAAAAUGUGGAUCGUCUAAACAACAACAAAAACUCCAAUGAAUUAUCGAACAAGUUGUCGGAGAGAUUGUCGAACUUAAAUAUCGAAGAACCUCAGAAUGAAAGACUGACGCACAAUAAGCAAAGUUUUACGACAUCGGCUCCUCCACCGCCUCCACCACUACCUCAGGAUCACGACCAUUCCACGUCUUCGAUACCAUCGACACCAUCGACUUUGUCGUCUCCUUCGUCGUCAACGUCAUCUACCCGUUCUAAUACCCUCAAAAAUAACAAAACUAAACCAAAGGCUCCACCAGUACCAGUCAAAUAUUCAGUCCUCUCGUAUCAACAGCCUCCGCCUUGUCCUACGCCAGACUAUGACACUUUGAGUUUAGCAAGCACGACUUCCAGUGGGACUGCGGUUAGCAAAUCGACGUUUAGCAACAAUUCUACUGAAACUUUACGCUCGGCUCGAGCAGAUAAUCGUUUGGAACAAAUGAAUUAUGUGCAGAAACGAAUUAUCUCCGGUCAAUUGUCCACUCCGGUCACGAAAUCUAACGGAACUUUGAUUAAAAAGAGGCCCGUGAGCGUCACGAUAGGGGAGUACCCUUCAAUGAGACGACAACCCGGAAAACUGGACUUUUUGCAAAAUGGCGAUCGGGUAGACUAUAGGAGGGAUGAGUCUAUCAGUAGUAGAUUGACUUCGGAACUGACUCAAACUUUAAACCGAUCAAAUUUAAAGAAGAGGACAGAAUCAAUGGAGGAUUUGUUAAGUUCAUCCCACAUUAGGCCUCAAAGUAACGGAACGGUACGAAUAUCUCUAAGCAAUCUGUCGAAAUCGUUUGCUAAAUCCACAAGUGAUCUGACAUUGGAUCACUGCGACUUGUACCCAAACGAUUUAGGCAAUCGCGUCACCAUUAAUAUUAACCAACCAAACGGCAUUUUGAAAAAUGGCGGGAACGCUAGUACUCUAUCGUCGCCGCUUAUUCCUGCUCACAAAACGUUGUCGUCCCAGAAGAGUAUUACGUUUGGAGAAAUGCCGACCCUGAUAAAGGAUAGAUCACCACCGCCUCUGACAUAGCGUUAUUGCAGAUUAUUAUCCAUCUGACUUUGAGGAGUGCAAUUUAGAAUAUAUUUAUUUUUUAGAUACUAUUCCAGAAUGUUAUUAGAUCAUAAUAAGUAUGUUUUAUGUGCCGAUUUAUAUUGUGAUAAGCGUUUCCCGUUAUUGUCUUUUUAGUGUUAUUCUUUCCUGUAGAAAUUACGUUUUAACUAAUUAUUUGGGGUGGGUUUUUAUAAACCAUUUCCCGAAUGAAACGAAUUCGAAAAGCUACCGUAGUGAGUAUAAUUUAUUUAAUUGUUAUUAUUAUUAUUAUUAUUACCAUUAGGUUGCCUGCAGUGUUGUCUCUGAAGAAAAAUUCAGAUCAUAAAAUAAGUUCCUUAACCUAACAGUUUUAAAAUUAAAAAAAUGCUCGUUUAGUAUCUCCAAGGAAACAAUUUAAUACCAGUUUUUUAAUGUCCCUGUAAAAUGUCAGUAAUAUUUUCGUGUCAUGUUUGUGUAAUAGUGUUGUUGAUUGAAUGUAGUAAUACAUUUUUUGAGGAAAGAUUAA